UAAUAGCGCAGGCUGGAGCCGGUUGGGCCUACUUCAGAUGUGUGUGGAGCCUGAAGGUCGGAGUGCUGCGUGUGUGCGUGUGUGCGUGUGUGUGUGUGUGUUUGUGUCUCAGAUAGGCUACUGAGGCGGCAUUAGUUUGAGCAAGGCAUUUCUUCUUACCCCGACAAACCUUCAGGGGGCUUUUAGCAUUUGUUCAGUCUGCAGUCUCUGGAAAACAUCUGAUUCAUUUUUUAACCAGUCCCAGAUGCGGCAGCGUGAGAGUGUGUGCAUGAGCGCGUCAGUGUGAGUUUGUCAGUGCAUGAGAAUUUGGGGAGAAUAUAGUGUCUAAAGAAGGGGAGGGAAAGGGAAAGAAGAAGCGUGUGGAUUUUUUUUUUAAUAUUACUUUUUAGGUAUGAACGCAGCGUGCGUCUCAUACUGCGAUAUGACAUCGAUGGAUUCAUAUUAUAGCACGUCUACUGCGCAAGGUAGGGACCAGGCGAACCCGUUCAGGACUUUCCAGACUACUGAAACCAAAUACAGCCCCACGUUCAUUCCGGGUAAAGGACAGGCUUACGGAGAGAAGUCCCGGAGUCCUUUCCAGCCGGAGUGCCAGUCAUUGGAUGGCGCUGAGGAGGGCACCUUCAACAAAUACCAGCUCUUCAUGCAGCGACCGAGCUGCAAAACUCCGCCCGAAGGCAGCAAGCUGCACCCGGACAGCGGACACAACGGGACGCUCAUUCCCUGCUAUGGAAAAGACAACAGCGGCCUGACAGAUUCUGAGCUGACCCAGAGUGUUGACUCUUCCGGGAUGGAAGGCAGCUAUCUGAACCUAAAGGCGCCCGGUGAGAAGGGGCUGAGCGAGCGGCCGGGCUCUGACCUCUCCAGCCCUCUGGACAAAAGUGAGGCAGAGAGCAACAAAGGCAAGAAGAGACGCAAUCGCACCACCUUCACCAGCUACCAGCUGGAGGAGCUGGAGAAGGUUUUCCAGAAGACACACUACCCAGAUGUUUAUGCCCGUGAGCAGCUGGCACUGAGGACAGACCUGACAGAGGCUCGUGUACAGGUGUGGUUCCAGAAUCGCAGAGCCAAGUGGAGGAAGAGGGAGCGUUAUGGCCAGAUGCAACAGGUCCGGACACACUUCUCAACUGCUUACGAGCUGCCUCUACUGACUCGGCCCGAGAACUAUGCACAGAUCCAGAACCCUUCGUGGAUUGGGAGCAGCAGUGGAGCAUCUCCAGUGCCGGGUUGCGUUGUGCCUUGUGACUCCGUCCCCUCCUGCAUGCCGCCUCACCCUCACGGUCCCGGAGGUGUCUCUGACUUCCUUGGUGUGCCCAGUCCAGGGAGCAGCCACAUGGGACAGACACAUAUGGGCAGCCUUUUUGGGGGUCCUGGGAUGGGUGGGGGAAUCAAUGGCUAUGAUCUCAAUCUUGAUCCAGACCGCAAGUCUUCCAGCAUAGCUGCGCUGCGUAUGAAGGCGAAGGAACACAGUGCAGCCAUCUCUUGGGCUACAUGAUGUGUAGUCCAAGUCUCCAGUUCCAUCCUGCCCCCUAUUGCCCUCUUCUCUGGAGCAGCCAUCAGCGAGCGCUGUGUGUGUGUGU